GCACAUAGUAAUCCUCCUCCUGCCAAAUAUUCCUGGUUCGCUGAUGGUAUUCCUGUUCAAGGAUUCAGUAGCAGCUUCUUCCUCAUUGCAAAUAUAUCAAGGGUGUACCAUGGGUCUGUGAUAAAGUGCAGCGUAGAAAACAGUAUAGGAAUAUCACAAGAAAGUGCCAUCAUCGAUGUUCUUUAUGAGCCCCGAGUGCGCCUGAACCCUAUAAUGCGCGCUGGAGAGGAAGGUGAGACUGUAACCCUUCACUGCUUGAUUGAUUCUAACCCUCCAGCUACCUAUACCUGGACCAGAGAUACUUCAAGACAGGCGAUUGGUAGUUCGCAGAACCUGUCUGUGAUUGUGUCAAGAAGAACAGAAGGAGAAUAUUACUGUCAUGGGAUAGCGGAGGGGUUUGAUUUGGUGACAGCUCAUCCUGCUCGCAUCCUUCAGAUGGAUAAACCAUUCAUUCAUUCUCCUCAGGUCCAGGAAGGUGUAGAAGGAAACAAUAUCCGUGUGGGGUGUGGAGGUAUAUCUGUCCCUGAAGCUACAGGGGUGAUUUGGUCCUACAUGGGGGUUAAUAUUGACCCAGGAAGUCAAAAAUAUGAAGUUUUGACAUCAUCUGAGCAAGGUUUUAGAUUCAAUAGCACUCUUCUUAUAAGACAUUCAGAAUAUACGGAUUUUGGUUACUAUGGGUGUGCUGUAACCAAUCGACUGGGGAUGGACGAAAAAUCUAUUUUGUUAGAGAAAAAAGAAACAAUACCAGUUCUUAUGGUGACUACCACAGUGCUGAGUAGUCUUGCCAUAAUCCUGCUUGUAGUCUGUAUAGUCCUCUACUUCAGAAGGAUGAGAUCUGCUGGGAAUCAGAUAUCUGAGAAACCAUUCAAACCUAACAAUAUGCCCAGAUGCUCCUCUGAGGAUGAGCGGGGGGAAUGGAAUCAGGAAGACGACCUGUACACUACUCAGGAUGUAAACACAAACAAUGCAAUGGAAUUCUCACCCAAACCGGACCUGAUAGCUACUGGUUAUGUACCGUAUGGAAGUUAUGUACGGGAUUAUCCAAACUUCCCUGUAAGUGCUAGCCAAACCUCCCUUCAGUCUGCUGGUCAACUCAACCCUAGGCAUUCAACUCUCCUGGUUACUGAUCCCAGGUUCUCAGCAGCUUAUGGAAAUCCAUAUCUCCGAUCUCCCCCAACCCUACCCCAAUACUCAACCUUUACUCCACCGGACUCAUCUAGUCCUGUCUUAGCCCCCCACCAGAGAAUCAGUCUACAACCCUUGAGCGAGUUUAGUUUAAGGAGUCCGGAAAGUACCCGGACCGGAGAUUCUGGACGGGGAUACGGAUCAGAGUCAAGCCGAGGAUUUGGUAUGGAUUCAAGCAGCUUAGGAAUGGAUAGUAAUCGAGGGAUUGAAAAUGAAUUGAGUUUUGAAAAUCAAAGAGGAAAUGAAAACGGACGUGAGAAUCGUAGAGGACCAGAGAAUGGUAGAUUAUUUGAAAACGGGCGGUUGUUUGAAAAUGGAAGGUUGGGAGAUCAAGGGCGACCCAUGGGAUCCAUUAUGGGAAUUGGGUCUCAGCAAAUUCGACGCCAUGUAUCUGGAGAUCUUUAUGCUGCAGUCUCUAAACCAAGUCUUGUUUCCGGAGAUCUGUACGCCACUGUAACCAAACCAAAUCAGUUUAGUACAAGUAUAAGCACAAGUCCUGCACGAGAUUCUGCAGAUUCCAGCCCGCUCCCAAUCAAUCAAUCAAACAUAUUUAUAUCAGUUGAUAAAAAUGAUAUGGGAACUCAUGUUUAAACAUUAAAAAGUGAACUUGCCGAGACCAAAAGAACAAAGAAGAUAUUUCUGUUCCUCUCCUGCUGAUAUAUAUCAACAAACAAUGUACAAAUUGUCAUGAUAUUUAUAUAAAUUAAUACAUUAAACAAAAUAUUAUUUAUAAGGGGAGUAAACAAUCCAUCCUAAAUACCUAAAAAUAUCCUUUAAAUUUAGAACAUCCGAUUUGGACUGCGAGGAUUACGUACAGUGAGUCUCAUAAAACAGUGAACAAGAAUUACGGUAAAAAAGCAAUCUUGUCAAUCAUGAUUGUGUUUUAACACAAACAGCUUUUACAGUUUCUAGUAAACCAACGUUAUAAGUUAAAUGGGAAUGUGAUAACAC